AUGGACAUUUAUUGGCAGGUUCUCCGAAUUUGGUUGGUGACCCAGAAUCUCUCGUUUAUAAUAGCUGGAUGCACAGUAAUUGCAUUACUGUUCUAUCCAGAGUUGAAGUCGACAAAUUUCACAGCGUUCAUCUUACUUGUGAUAUUAACCAACCUCUCUGGAGCUGUUGGGGUGCUUUCCACUCUUGCCGGCACCAUCCUAAUUGAAAGAGAAUGGGUGGUGGUGAUAUCAGAAGGCCAUCCACCUGGUGUUCUAACGAGGAUUAAUUCGAUUAUUAGACGAAUUGAUUUAACCUGCAAGCUUCUUGCUCCUGUUAUUAGUGGCCUCAUCAUGAGCUUUGUAUCUGUUAAAGCCUCUGCUAUGACUUUAGCAAUCUGGAACACUAUAGCAGUGUGGCUAGAAUAUUGGCUUUUCACAUCUGUACAUAAUGGCAUUCCAGCUUUAGCUGAAAGUAGCCAAAGGAGGAUUUCAAGACUUUCACGAAGUGAUAUGGAAGAGAUCACGUCUAUUUCUCCAGAAAGAGAGGGCUUGAUUUCUCCAGGAGGCGAAAAUUCGGUUUCGGUGGAUUUGGGAUGGAGAAGGAGAUUAACUCAGAGCUUUUCAAAGGUUCCUUUUGUCGGUGCCUGGCUUGUGUAUUUACAGCAAGAUGUUCUGCUCCCUGGUGCAGCUCUGGCCUUGUUAUAUUUCACAGUGCUUAGCUUUGGCACCUUGAUGACAGCUGCCUUGGAAUGGGAAGGUAUACCUGCAUAUGUGAUCGGAAUAGCCCGUGGAAUAAGCGCUAUGAUUGGAAUAGCCGCGACGGUUGUGUACCCAAUCUUACAAUCUCGUAUUUCAACUCUCAGAACAGGACUCUGGUCAAUCUGGUCUCAGUGGACCUGCCUUCUAGUGUGCAUUGCUUCAAUAUGGGUCCAAAAUCAUCUUUUCUCAGCAUACAUGCUGAUGGCUGGAGUAGCUAUCUCUAGGCUUGGCUUAUGGAUGUUUGACUUAUCUGUAAUCCAACAAAUGCAGGAUCAAGUUCCCGAGCAUAAUCGUCUGGUUGUGGGAGGUGUUCAGAAUUCUCUUCAGUCUUUUAUGGACUUGUUGGGUUAUGUUAUGGGCAUAAUCAUCUCCAACCCUCGGGAUUUCUGGGAGUUGAUCAUAUUGUCCUUUUCAGCAGUAACAGUUGCUGCAUUGCUUUACAGCAUACAUCUAUAUCGAGUUAGAAAGCACCUUUUUCACUUUGAGAAGUUGUUCAUGUUGGUGAAAUGGGAGAUCAUGUCACCUUCGCAUCAAAAUUUACUGGAACCAAAUAUUCCCAGGUAGGAUUCAUCCCUACAGCCUGCCGCUCUGACGCCAAGUUACUGAGAUUCCUCAAAGAUUAGGCCCCGGAAUAACUUAACAAAUACUUUGGUCUUCUGGGUGGGGAUAUUAUCCUCCUUUUGUUGCUAGGAACAGCAGGGCAAUUUAUUAAAUUUUGAGCAGUGGAAAAUAAAUAAAUAAUAGGAGGACAACAGAGCAUAUUGUGGUUCGACCAUGGUGACCUACUAACAUAAAUCUGUAAUAAUGAUUAAUAAAUAAAUAAAUUCAAUUUUUAUAUAUA